AUGCAUCUCAUUCCAUUACAAAAUCAAACGAGCUCUAGAGCAUUAAUGCCUGGCUCACGACGUGGCUUGGUUGCACCUCAAAAUACUUUCCUUGAAUCGAUUGUCCGUAAAUGCAGUGGUGCUCACACCGCGUUCAUAUUAUCCAAUGCUCAAAUCGUUGAGUAUCCAAUUGUUUAUUCAAAUGAUGGAUUUACAAAAAUAUCGGGUUAUUUAAGAACAGAUCUAAUGAAUAAAAGUUCAACAUGUAAUUUUAUGUAUGGUGAACUAACUAGUGCCGAUACACAAACAAAAAUACGUGAUGCAUUAGAGAAUUGUCAUAUUGAACAAGUUGAAGUUCUUUUAUAUAAAAAAAAUAAAACUCCAAUAUGGGUAUUUAUGCAAAUAGCUCCUAUAACAAAUGAACGCGAUACAGUGGUGCUUUAUCUGUGUACAUUUACAGAUAUUACUGCGCUUAAACAACCAAUUGAAACUGAAGAUACGAAAGGUGGUCUCAGUAAGUUUGCACGUAUAGCAAAAUCUGUUACAAGAAAUCGGUCGAUUUUAAUGAAUUUUACUACACCAAAUGCUAAAUCAACACAUAUUGAUUCAACGAAACCAUCCCAAUUACCUAAUUUACUUAAUCUAAGUGCAGAAGUAUUGCCGAGUUAUCGACAAGAAGCACCAAGUACACCACCACAUAUAAUUCUUCAUUAUUGUACAUUUAAAACAGUAUGGGAUUGGGUGAUCCUUUUGUUAACAUUUUAUACAUCAUUAUUAGUACCAUAUCAUGCAGCAUUUCGAAGUAAAUCAUUAGAUGAUGUGCCAUUACUUGUUGUUGAUAGUAUUGUCGAUGUUAUUUUCUUUAUUGACAUUAUAUUAAAUUUUCACACAACUUAUGUACACACAAAAUCUGGAGAAGUUAUAUCUGAUCCAAAACGGAUUCGAAAAACUUAUUUAAAAAGUUGGUUUGUUAUUGAUUUAUUAGCAUGUUUACCAUAUGAUGUAUUUAAUGCAUUUCAAGAAGCUGAAGAAAUUGAUAUAUUUCAGCGAUAUGGAAGUAUAUUUUCAGCAUUAAAAGUUUUACGUUUAUUACGUCUUGGUCGUGUCUUUAGAAAAUUAGACAAUUAUUUAGAAUAUGGUGCAGCCGUGCUUUUAUUAUUGAUUUGUGUUUUUGUACUUGUUGCUCAUUGGUUUGCUUGUGUAUGGUAUACAAUCGGAUUUCGAGAAGGCAGAGGCGGUCCUGGUAAACGAGUAUGUAUCGAUUAA